CUUCUUUACCUUUCACAUUCUUCAACGUUCCCCCAUUUUCCUCUCUGUACUUUUUCUUUUUUCUCUUACGAGACCUUUUUUUUAUUCUCCGGCGAGCCUAAUCGGAGCAUAAUUUGGGGUUCUGAGUUAUCGGAUCUAACCGGGUUUAUUGGGUUAAGUUUUGACGGAUCUCCGGCGGCUGCAGAUGUCUUCGUACUGGUGUUACCGGUGUACAAGGUUUGUUAGAAUUUCAGUUGGGAACGAUGUUGUUUGUCCUCACUGUGAUAGUGGAUUUAUAGAAGUUGCUGAGGGAAAUAUUGGGUCGCCGGAAUCUCGCCGGAGGUUUCCUAUGUGGAACGAACGGCCAGAGUCAGAUCGGAGUGUGAACAUGGGUUCUCGACGGAGCAGGCGUAAUCGGGGUGAUAGAUCUCCGUUUAAUCCGGUUAUUGUUCUUCGUAGUCCAUCUGAAGCUCCUGGGGAGGAUGAAGCUGCUACAGCUGCAGAGGAGCGGAGUUACGAGCUUUAUUAUGAUGAUGGUGAAGGUUCAGGUCUCAGGCCGUUGCCGCCGACGAUGUCGGAGUUUUUGAUGGGAUCUGGGUUUGAUCGGUUACUUGAUCAGUUAGCACAGAUCGAGGUGAACGGUUUUGGUCGGCCGGAAAAUCCACCGGCGUCGAAAUCAGCGAUUGAAUCGAUGCCGAUUAUUCAAAUAGCUUGUAAUCACGUAAAUUCCGAGACCCAUUGCGCUGUUUGUAAAGAAGCUUUCGAUUUAGGAUCUGAAGCUCGAGAAAUGCCCUGUAAACACAUCUACCAUUCCGAUUGUAUUCUUCCAUGGCUAUCUCUUCGAAAUUCGUGCCCCGUUUGCCGACACGAAUUACCGGCGGAAUCAACUGAAACUACAAACUCGGACAACAUUGCUAGACCUAGAAACGAAGAAGAAGCAAUGGGAUUGACAAUAUGGAGACUUCCAGGAGGUGGGUUCGCCGUGGGAAGAUUUUCCGGUGGAAGAAGAGGAGCUGAGAGGGAACUUCCGGUAGUGUAUACAGAAAUGGACGGUGGAUUUAACAAUGGGGUACCUAGAAGAAUAGCUUGGAGAUCAAGAAGGAGCAAUACAGGUCGAAAUGGCAGUGGAAUAAGCCGAAUUUUCAACAACUUGACAUCAUUUUUCCGGCGAUUAACACCAUCUUCUCAACGGCGAUCUCUAUCCAUACAUUCCAGUAGUUCGGAAUCAUCGGGAUCUGCUGUUUUGAGGAGUCGGAGUGUGUCUUCAAGCAGCUCAAUAUUCAGUAGGUAUUUGAGAAGAAGCAGAAGAAAUUGGGUACCUGAAGAGCAUAAUGGAGUAACCAGAUGGUAAUUACUUAGUCGAAAAAAAUGCCAAUUUUCAAU